AUGAAUUUCGCUCCCUACCAAGACGAGUCCCCGGAGAUUGAGCGGGCUCUAUCUCCUCCACUCCGUGAUGCGACUCGGUCCAAAUCCCCUCCUACCCAGAACCAGACCCAGAACCAGCGUACAUCGCCGUCAUUUCCCCCGGCAGGAGGACUCCCCUCACCGAGCUACUUUGCCAACCCCGAGGGAGUUGGAGGCGACACAGGUUUCGGACGAGACGUGGAAGGAGGGCGAUUAAGCCUGGGUGCUUUCGAGACGAGUCUUCCCAUUCGCAUGGACUUCGAAGCUAUGCUCGCAUACCUCCUACUACCUCCUGCUGGGGGGGUGUUUUUGUUGUUGGUGGAACAUAAGAGCGACUAUGUGCGAUUUCACGCAUGGCAGUCCAGCAUGCUGUUCACUACGAUAUUUAUAAUUCACAUGAUAUUUGCCUGGUCAAGCGUCAUUUCAUGGCUCCUGUUCGUCUGCGAUAUUGCCUUAAUCGGCUUCUUAAGCAUGCGCGCCUAUCGAGAUGUUGACUCCCUCGAGCACUUCGAAGUCCCCUUCUUCGGCCGCCUCGCGAAUUCUUUUGUUGAUGACGAAUAA